CCUGGUUCUGCUAUCAGGACAAGACCACCCUGGUUCUGCUAUCAGGACAAGACCACCCUGGUUCUGCUAUCAGGACAAGACCACCCUGGUUCUGCUAUCAGGUCAAGACCACCCUGGUUCUGCUAUCAGCUGGGCUUGUUUGAAGAGAUAUUUGACUGUGUCGUAAGUAAAAGGAGUCCAUGGAAAUGGAAAUGGAGAAAGUAUCAAAUGCUAACCAACAGAAUGGAGCUGCAGUGGCCAUGGAUGCAGAAGUCCCAGAAGAGGAACAAAUGUUUCUGGAACACAAGAGCAAAACACCAAAGAGCCCUCAGUUUACGGACUUUGAGGGCAAGACCUCCUUUGGAAUGUCCGUCUUUAACCUGAGCAACGCCAUCAUGGGCAGCGGCAUUCUGGGACUUUCCUACGCCAUGUCCAACACAGGCAUGCUGCUUUUCCUGGUCCUGCUGAUAUGUAUUGCGUGUCUGUCCUGUUACUCCAUCCAUCUCCUGCUCCGCAGUGCUGGAUUUGUGGGUAUCCGUGCCUACGAGCACCUGGGCAUGCGAGCCUUUGGCCAGCCAGGCAAGAUCCUGGCAGCUGUGGUCAUCACGCUGCACAACAUUGGAGCCAUGUCCAGCUACCUGUUCAUCGUGAAGUCAGAGUUGCCGCUGGUAAUCCAGGCUUUUCUAGGCCAAACAUCUGGCUCUGAUGAAUGGUUCAUGAACGGAAACUACCUCAUCAUCCUCGUCACUCUGGCCAUCAUCCUGCCUUUGGCCCUCAUGAAGCACCUCGGUUACCUGGGAUACACCAGCGGCUUUUCUCUCUCCUGCAUGCUCUUCUUCCUCUGUGUGGUGAUCUACAAGAGAUUCAACAUCGCUUGCCCACUGGAAGUGUUUGGCAACUUCUCUGUCAGCGCAGACACUUCAGAAGAAGCGUGCAGCACCAAGUUCUUCAUCGUCAACCAGGAGACGGCGUACGCCAUUCCAAUCCUGGCCUUUGCUUUUGUUUGCCACCCUGAAGUUCUUCCCAUCUACACGGAGCUCAGAAGUCCCACCAAGAGAAGAAUGCAGAACAUCGGCAAUGUUUCCAUCCUGGGCAUGUUCGUCAUGUACUUCCUCACCGCCAUCUUCGGCUACCUGACCUUCUACGGAAACACGGAAGCCGAGCUCCUCCACACCUACAGCAAGGUGGACCCCCUGGACACUCUGAUCCUCUGCGUGCGAUUGGCUGUCCUGGUGGCCGUCACACUCACCGUCCCAGUGGUCCUCUUCCCUAUCCGCCGUGCACUGCAGCAGCUUCUCUUCCCCGGGAGACCUUUCCACUGGCUGAGACACAUCAUCAUCGCCCUGUGUCUCUUGUUCACUGUCAACAUGCUGGUCAUCCUCGUCCCCAACAUCCGAGACAUCUUCGGCAUCACUGGGGCCACGACUGCUCCCAGUCUGAUCUUCAUCUUGCCUGGACUCUUCUACAUCCGCAUCAUCCCCACUGAACAAGAACCCCUCAACUCAAGACCAAAGAUCCAGGCCGCCUGCUUCACCGCCCUGGGCUUGGUCUUCAUGACCAUGAGCGUCACCUUCAUCGCCAUAGAUUGGUUGAGCGGGCAACAACGCAGCGUGGGCGGCCAUUAAAGUGCUCGUGGCGACAGUGGUCACCUCUCUGCUGCUGGCUCCGACAGCUCCAGCUCCUUCAUUCUAGCGGGACGCGCCGACAGGGAAGGCGGGUCCUGCGGCCGCACACCGGCGGCUAGCGUGGCGGCGGCCUGCGCCGGGAAGUCGCCAUCCUCACAACCCGACAGCGGAGCGCCAAUUGCUAACAUUUCUUUCGCCAUUAGCCAAGUUUGCGUUUAGCAAGUGUAAGACCAAACACUCGCCGCCACCAAUUUGCUAGUUGUGAUGCUGGACUCCAACGCGGACACAAAGUCUGCAGUCAACCAAUCACGUGGCAGAGUGGAACCAAACACAUUGUUCAAUAAAUAUUUGCAAAAGAGGAAA